AUGGGUCACCACCACUCCAAGCCCGACGACCCUCCCCCGCCGCCGCCACCCGAUUGGCUCCCCGGAAACUGCCCUACCCUCUUCGAGUGCAAUCCCAAUGGCAAGCUGGCAAAGCGGGCUGGAGUCAUCAAGCACGUUUUUGCCCGGGCGUACGAGAAAAAUCCCGCCACGGUCCGCUGUCUCGUGUGUCUUCUCGUCUUCCUCGUCGUUGUCGGCAUGUGCAUCACCACCUGGUGCGCUGUGGCCAAGCGGCAGGCGCGUAGGAAGCGCGUCCAGGCAGCCAGGGUUGAGGCUGAAAAGGGCGGAUUCUCUAGCGACUUCUGAGUGUGAGUAUGUCAGUUCUAUCCACUCGUCAUAUAUUUCGCAAGUUCUUUGGGAUCUUGCGUGAACUACACUGACGGCUGUCAGGACCUAUCUCGAUUCGGGGUAGGGAAGGACUUCGCUUCCAGCGGCGAGUUCAGGCUCCUUUCUUCCCCCCGUAUGAUCAGGGAGUGAAGGGAUUCAUGCGAUACCACGGCGGUAAGCUUGCGGCAUGUCUGGAUCUUCACUAAUAUGGUCUCGUGUAACAUCUUGCUUGAUGUACCGUGGCACCUCACAGCCAAAAU